AGUAAACUUCGUAGUAAUACAUGGAGCUCGAAAAAGUGGUCUCAGAGGACUGAAAAAAGGAAAAAGAAAACAUGGUUGGUUAAAAAUUUUCAGUGUUCCUCUUACUCAGGUUGCAUCCGUAAUAUUUUACCCAAAAUCUCUUCGGUAAAACAGAAACUUUACUUUCUGUACCCGUUCUUCUUUAAUUGUUUCGGCUUUAGCUUUGUGACCUGUGCUUUUCGGUUAAAAACCUCCGAGAGUCAGUCAUUUGUGGCUUCAUUUUCUCUUUGACUGGAAGUUAACGGCUAAGUGAAAUUGCAUGUUGCCACGAAUGUGUCAUUCAUCGACAUGACUUUGCUUCUUUUAGGAUGAUGGAAGGGACCGAAAUUCCAAACAAAGGCGAAGAACCAUCGACGAGCAGUUCGCUGAUGAAGAUGCGUCUAACUUAAGUCUCCAAGGGAAUAAUUUAGACCAUGAUAGCGAGGACUCCGAACAAGACACAUCUCCUGGUACCGUACGACAGCUAUCUGUCACUGGGACAACAAAUGAAGCCCCCAGCGAUAAAGGCGAACCCUGUUCGUGUGACAACAAUGGCGCCCAAGGUUUCUCCAUGGCAGUAGCUCAUCGAACGCCGCAGUGCGGGUUUUGCGACGGAGGAGCCACUAACAUCAGCAAUAGAGCAAGUUUUACAACAACACAAAUUCCGCAUGUAGCUAACGUCGUUUCUCGAGUAUAUAGUGCUACUCUUCCCUCUCUUCCAGACAGUUCGUUAGAAGAUGGAGAAAGUGUAAAUUCUGAGCGAGGCGAACGCCUUGAUACAGGACCAUCACCGCAGGAAAAAAGACCGAAGGAAAGUAAGUGUGAAGAGAUGCGAAUUCUUUUCUAUAUUUUUGUGUUUUAACUAUAUGAUUUGAAUGGAUUAAUUUAGGUACAUCAAGGACCAACUAGCAACUCAGUUUUCCUUUUCAAAUGACAUCAGUUUCGGCAACAAGGACGUUGUCUUUGUCUCACCCAAAACAGGACCAUUUUGAAGAGACCAUGAAACAAAUUUCGUCGAGGCAGUCGCUUGUUAUUUACAGUAGUACAACUAGUGGUAUUCAAGUUUCGUGCGUUUUGCGUAACGUAAAUGUCUUUCCGGAUACUUAGGAACCUCGAAAGUAAACAGUGACCUUGCGUGAAAACCUUUUCAUGUUCGGUUGAUGUAGUAAAUAAAGGACUACGAGUCUCGGUUAAUCAUGCAUAACAUAUCUUGUCUAUCUUUCAGAUGUCUGUGAGCUUUCAUUCCAGGUGCCAUCUCCUGGAAUAGUGAUCAGGAUUUUUCUCAUGGAAUAUACUUGCCCAGAACGAAAUGAAAAGACGUUUUUCCUAUACUUACUCCCAGAGGAAGACUGCGAGGUACACGUAGUGAUUGAAUGACCUCUUAUUAAUCAUACUCUCACAAAUACAGCUUUGUGACGAUGUUUUUAUCGUAGCGUGAUUUCUUUGACAUGGCUCUUUUAAAAAAAUAGGUCUAUGAAGAAAUUUGUCGUGAGUUGAAGGAAAAGGAAGGGUUCAGCAGACAAGUUUCCUUUGUGACUGUGGACAGCAGGAGAAGCCAAGAUUUUUAUACAUUGUUAGUACAGGAAGAGAUCAAAGUGGAAUUUGAAAUAGAGAACAUCAUGCAAGAAAGUUUUGUCACCCUGAAUCAAGGCAAUGAAUCUGUGAGUAUAGAACAGUUUGUAUUAACAGCCUCGCAAUAUUUACUUUAAACAAACAUCUCACACCUCGGCUGGAUAUUUUUUGUCCAAGGAUGCACAAAAGAGGAAAUAUAAAUAUCUGAGGAAUCAGCUUGGUCAGAUAGGUUUGAGGAAGUGACAAUGUGAAAAAAAGUGUUUAUUAUUUUUGUUAUAAUCACUAGAAAUUGCUCUUCUACGUUACCCAUUAAUUCUCAGUAGAGUGCCUAAAUUCAAAUUCAGACUCUUUCUUAAAGUAACAAACCACCUUUCACCCUUCAAUUGGGCAUAUUUCCUGCCUUUGCACUUUAAAGUGUGGUAAAGUUAGGUAUAAAGACUGGAUUUAGUAACAUCAAAAAGUCUUGCUUCGUAUGUGUUUUUCACUGAAACAUAAUCAACCGUUGCUUACAGCAAACUCAUCCUUUUACUCCCAGGUUUUCAGAGUUCCAAUAAUCAAAUCAGAAAGCAAAAGCCGGCUGGCAAAAGGAUCAAAGUGUCAGUUUGUGGUGCAGUAUGUUGGGGAAUGUGGAAAGGCAUGUCAGGAGCAAGGCAAGGCAACCCUCACCAUAGAUUCAACCAGUCAGACCACAUUGUUUUUCUCAAUCUCUUCUUGGGUAAGU